AUGGCGGCUCUCACCAUGACUCCUGCUACCAUGCGUCAGCCUUUUGCUAGUUUGGAUGCCCCGCGUAUGCGGUCUCUGCUCAAGACAAAGCUGAACGUCAAGAAUCAACAGAAUGGUGCUUCGAUCACUGGUAAGAGACGUCCUCUCGGAGAAAUCGAUACGGAAAACGUCGACCCGACCCUCAACCUCUCCACCAAGCGGAAGCGUGGCUCCGACGAGGAUGGGCCUGUCAAGGGCAGCUCCAAGCCCAUCAAGGCCUCUCGCAAGGCAUUGGCGACUGUCGAACCCAUCGUCGCUCCCCGCACUCCCUCUGCUCCGAUCAGCGCUCCUCCAUCCACCCCCAAGUCGACGACCGCUCUGAAGCCCGCCGGUCGCUCUCCAAAGUCAAAGUCACAGUCCUGCAAGCCCUUUGCUCGUCGCUCCAACAUCUCCAAGAACCGCUCCGAACCCACAGGCAAAAAGACAGUCAGCCGUCCGUUCUCCAUUGCAACCGCGCUGUCUAAUGGCAAGUCCAAGCAGCCCAGCUCCAAGGCCCCUGCGUCAUGGGCUUUUGAGAUCCAUGUCGACUCGGAACAGGAGGAGAUGACCAACCUCAUGCAACACUCUACCGGUGUGCUUGACAUCAGUGACGACGAGACCAAUGUGGAGAAUACUAGCCGCGGCAAGGAGAACAUCCCUCCUGCAGACCUGGGUCUCAGCCUCCCCGCCUCUCCUCAACAGGAGUCAACCGCCGCCGCUGCCCGCAAGGGUCCCAUGAUGGAGGAGUCUCGUUCUCCGCUUGGUGAGCUCAACGCCUCUGACUACUAUGGUGCCGACUGCCAUGCUUUCUCGUAUGAAGUUGUGUACGAUGACGACGCCGAGAACACACCAGAGCCAAAGAAGGCCCCUGCUCCUAGCUUGCCGCGCUCCACCCAGCCCUCUCGCAGCUCAAAGCUCUCCAGUGUCUCAUCUAUCUCUUCUAUCUUGGAGGCGACAACCCCAGCCACGUCUACCGACGAGCCAUCCAAGGAGAAUCCGUCCGAGGCAGAGAUCGAGAUCUGGGAAAGCGGGAGUGCUGCGGAAGAGCAGUCGGAGGCCACUUCCACUCAGACUGAACCUUUGGGUCUUUAA